AUGUUUCUCUUCCCUACCCCCCUCCUCAAUUUCUCAAGUUUCUUCCCAAUGCCAUGGGGGUGGAAAAAAGACCCCACCCCGCUCUUAAUGUGGUUCCAGCAUGAAUCUUGCAUAGCCUCCGUUGGUGGCCUUUCUUUUGUAACUGAGGGCUUCACCACAAUUCCUCUAGUCUUGCUGCUGCCCUCUGGGGUGGGAAACUGCUCUUUAGUGCUCAUUCAGAGCAAACAGCCGUUCAGGUUUCCAGUGGGUUGCUGUUUGUUCCUAUUUCGAGCUAAAGAGCAGGGUUUGUUUGUUUUUCUGGGAAAGGAGAAGGACAAGGAGGCAAGCACUUGGAACUGUCCGAGCGCAGGUCAAGAGGAACUUUGGGUGAGCCCUGGAAUCAACGCCGGUCCCGAGAAAUCCAGCCUGAAGUGCCGCUAA